AUGAAACUUCUCACUAUUAUUUUCAUUCUUCUCUUAACUGUUCAUGAGUUCGUUGGACAACAAAUCGCCGGAAGAAUAUUUAAUGGCAUACAAGCACCUGAUGAUGCUUUCCCUUGGAUGGUUUCAGUACGUUUCUAUAAUUCACAGCAAAAUCGCAUAUUAAACGUUUGUGGCGGUUCGAUUGUCUCUGAAAUAUUUGUACUUACUGCUGCUAGCUGCUUUUUUGGUGCUCACACAAAUGGUUUCUAUCUAUUUUCAAUUAAAGCUGGUGUACAUAAUAUUAUUAAUGGAAGUGAGGCCUUGGAACAAGUUCGUUCAGUUUCUCAUAUUAUUGUACAUCCAAGUUAUAAUGCUUCUAGUUAUUUCAAUGAUCUGGCACUUGUACGUGUUUCAAUCCCCUUCAAUAUGAACGCAUUAAAUCUGAAUAAUAUUUCAUUAUCAAAUUUAACAGCACUCGAAAACAUGGAUCUUGUAACAAUAGGAUGGGGUAUUUUGAAUCCAUCAAAUCCAACAGUAGGAGCAACAUUCUUACAACAAAUAACUGUACAAGAAAAUGUUGAAUGUACUAAAAACAAAGCAAUUAAUUCAACUACACAAUUGUGUGCACCUGGGACAUGUUUAGGUGAUAGUGGUGGACCCUUGAUGGUUUAUUCUAAUGAUAGUCAACAAUAUGAAUUAGUUGGUAUUACAAGUUUUCGUAAUGUAUGUACUACAGAAGGCCUAUUCACACGAGUGGCACCUUUUGCUAAUUGGAUCUUGACUAUAUUAAAUAAUCCACCAUCAACACCAUCAACACCUCGACCAAUAACAACAACUACUCAAACUACUACAACAACUGGUCGGCCAACUUCAUUUGUGUGCAAUACAAGUUAUACAUGUGGAUGUUCAUCUAUACCAGUUAUUUUUCAUGAUGAACCUCCUUUUUCUAGUCGUCUUCAUAAUCAAGGACGUAUUGUUGGUGGUGAAGCAGCGCAAGCACAUAGUUGGCCAUGGAUUGUAUCUAUUCGAUUAUUUGGUGGACACAGCUGUGGAUCUACAAUUCAUAUCGGUGUUCAUGAUAGAUUAUUAUCUUCACCUCAGAUUCGCAAUGUUAGCAAAGUAAUCGAACAUCCAGAGUAUGAUCCUCCACCAAAAUUUAUCAAUGAUAUUGCUCUUAUUCGUCUUUCAUCGCCAAUCAAUCUCACACCAUCUGAUAGUAGUGUUGGUAUUACUUGUUUACCACCACAGUCAACUGAUCUCAACUAUCCAGAAGUUGGCAAGCGUUUAGCAGUCAUUGGAUGGGGUACAUUAGCUGAAAAUGGUUCUCUACCUAGAGAAUUACAACAAGUUCGUGUGACAGUAUUGGAUAAUGAUGAUUCACGAUGUAGUCAAUCAGCUUUUGAUAGACAACGACAAUUCUGUGCUAUGGUUGAUGGUGGUGGAAAAGACUCAUGUCAAGGUGAUAGUGGUGGUCCGAUUCAUCAAUGGUUAGGUGAUCAUUGGGAACAAGUUGGUAUUGUGAGUUUUGGUACAGGUUGUGCUCAACCAUCUAAACCGGGUGUCUACACCCGUUUAUCGAUGUAUCAUGAUUGGAUUCAAGCAACUAUCAAUCAAGUUGAUACAACACCGAGCACUUCAACAUCUACAGUUUCAUCAACAUCUACAACCUCAUCAACAUCUACAGUUUCAUCAACAUCUAUAGUCUCACCAAUAUCUACAACCUCAUCAACAUCGAAACCUAUUCCUGAUGGUACAACCACUAAUCCCAAUAACAUUGCUAUUGUUGUUGAAUCGAAGUUCUGUCUUAUUUUGAUGAUUUAUAUUCUUCUGAAGCUCUUCCUAAAUUAUUAA